GUACAGUACUAGCGCUGGUGCUAGCGCAGUAGGGCCAAGUUUUUUUUUUGGUUUUUUCAACCCGUCCGACACCCGGAGGCGGUUUUGUGCCUUCUGAUGGGUCACAUCCGGUUGUUUGGCCCAGGAGAACUACCGAAACGGUUGGGCGGUUGACGGGGCCAAGAUGGAAAGGAGGUCCCUGCCCACUAUGAAAGUGGAAUGGGGAGCUUUGAGGGAGGGUCUAAGACCGGUAUUGGGAAGGUCACGGACUGAGUGGGUUUCCGGGUGGGGGGGCGCAGGGGAGGCGUAUGUGCUAACGCCUCUCUGGUGGCUGGAUGGAAGAUGAAGCGAACGUUGCUAUGAUGCUAAGAUACUGCACCAGUAUUUCUGGUAUGGAUCUCUGCCCGAGGACUUUAUGCUCAUCCACUGCAGCCUCGAGAUGCGGAGCGAGCCCAUGAUGAAAAGUGCGAGCAAGGAAAAAGGAAAAAGGAAAGGAAAAGACUGAUAAGCAGCCUCGCCACGGUAACUUUACCUGUUUUACCUGUGCGGCACAAACACAUAUCGCAUCAUUUGGACGGACUGGAGCUUCGGUCGGUCCAGGCAACGCCUCAGGUUGUCGUUUUCCAUGUCACGGAAGAUUUUCAUACCCAUCCAGCGACAGAGAAGGUGGAGAAAAGCGAUAUUCCUCCUUGCUUUUUUAAUACUCACGGAGAUUACAGGUUCCUUUUUUUAAUUUUCUUUUUUGCUUGGGUGCCAGAAAAGGAUUAGAAUAGUUACAGGGGACCGCACUUUAGCCCAGCCCGUUUUGGACGCUGCAAAAUUCGGGGUGUGUGGUGGAAAGGCCUUGACAGGCCAAGCACAGCUGCCAGAGGAGAGAUGCAACCUCACAUUUUCUCUGGCCCCUGCACGCAUACUAUUACCGUACGGUACCGCAGCCAACAAGAGCUCGAACACCGUCGUCCAGUUGGCUUUCGUGCUCGACUGGGGCAUUGGAAGUGAUAUCAAUUGCAUGUAAAUUUAGGGUGCUGCGCGAAGGCGAAGGGACGGCUUGCUCGAGUGAGGGGAAAGUGAAAGUGAGAGGACCGUUGAACCUCGUCCAAGAAAUGGUAACUUUUUUUUCUUCUUUUCUUUUCCUCUACACACAAGCCCGCCUACCUUUUCGAGGUGCUGCAGGAAGGAUGUCCCCAUCUCAACAUUUCGGUACGACACAGCUUCGCCAACCAUCAAUCACAAUUAUUUUCUCACGCAUCAUCGCAUACCCCCCCAUAUCCAUACAUAUUCGUGCGUCUAACGAUACCUGCUUGAUGCGCUCACCAUCAUCAUUCUGUGGGCACUUCGCAGUCUGGACUCGGGGAACUGGUGUAAACAAAAGAAUAAACAAGUCUUGUGUCACACCUACCGUAAUAGAGGAGAAUAAUAGUAAUAAACAGCAGGCGGGGAUGAAGCAGUAGGCUUCUGUCAGGAAACGUUGCUUGCCAAACCUUGAAUCCACCCACACCCCCCCCCCCCAUCAUCAAUUCUUCUCGAUAUACCGGUAUUCCAUGUGUUCUUUCCUGUCGCUGUGUCCGUUUCUUUUUCUCCCGCAACCCUACCCGCUUGUUUUUUUUUUCGAUAGUCUGAUCUCUGCCCCUCCCUCCAUUGUAUGAUGCCUCCCCUUUGACCAUGAACUUACGAUAGCACGCCAAACCAUAGCCCACACCACGACAGCUCCCCUUUACCCGCUCUAACCCAUCCUAGUGAGCCACUGCGCGGCCGCUUGCACUGAAGGCUGCUCGCUUUGCCCGGUUGCUCUCUGCUUUCAUCUUUUCAGCCGUACCUGUAGUACCGGCAACACUUCUGCUCCUCUCCAACCAUUAUAUUCCACCAACCAUCGCUCUCCCCCAUCAUUACCAUCUUCAUCACCGCUGGCUAGGGCCCAGUAAGCGUGAAUUUUGAUCACCUAAUAAUUCUAUUGUUUCCUCCCUUUCCACCCUCUGUUUGCCUUCCUUUCCGCUUCUUUCUGGAGCUGUAGCUCGUCUCCUUUGUCGAACGGACUCCUUUCCUGCCUAAUCUCGCGCCAGACACAUUUUAUCUACUGCAGUACGGUAGUCCAAAAAAAGAAAGAAAAAAAAAAGAAGGUUGGUUCAACCUGCACCCACGGAGGUACGGUAGCUCAUCUCACACCCUCCUCCAAUCCAGUCCGAUUCUGGCUUGGUUAUUAACCACCUACUUGGUCUGGCACCCACUCGUUUAUCGCCAUACAGCUUCUCGGGUUGUCUUCUCCUCAAUUUCCUGAUUCUUUCCGCGGUCUAUUCGUCUACCUCUUCUUCUCCUAUCAUACCGUACUCGUACAUAACUUUUCCCCCCCGAAAGGUAAACAAACCAGACUGGGACUGGAUCAGAGUUUGCGCGAAAGGAUUCUUUGAACGAGACAGGGCAAGGUCGCCGUGGGAAGAAAAGGCGAAAGAAAAAGAGGGAGAAGGGGAGAAGCCAGUUCCACGGGUAGCAAACAGGGGUCUCGACAGAUCAUCAUCGACUAGUACUCAGUUGGUCAACCCGCCGUUCUGCAACACCACCGGUCCAAUCCCACGAGACGGGUCGUAAUCAAUCACCAACGCACCUGCUGUGGUGUCUACCUGCCCUACACGCUCCCUCUCACUCUCACUCUCCAUUGUGUUCUCAUCUGCCCUAUCCAUCCAUCCAUCCUGCUUCACACUCACCUUUUAGUUUUUUUCCCGCUGACUCUCCUCCCACCCACUCAUCCUCACCCCACGCUCACUCGUCCGACUGCUCACUGGCCGUUCCCGCUCCAACCAGCCCUUCGGUUCCACCAAUCCCAGUCGGUGCUCCCCCUAUUGGUCCGACACUGUUUCUACGCCCCCUUCCCAAUCCUGCUCUUCCUCCCCGCCCUCUCUUCUCCCAUCCAUUUCCUUCCCAUCUUGUAGUUCAUCCUCAGCAACAAGCCGUCAAAGCUGGACCCUGCGAUCCGUUUCCCUCCUCGCUUUCCUUCUUCAACCGUACUUUGCUCUCAGGAUACCUUCAACUGGCCCUCGGGACGGUACCGAGUCCGACUGCUUCAACUCUAUUCAACCAUAUUUCGCGUUAACGGUCUUCUACUUCCUCUCGCUCUGGCGUUGUCGACCCUUCUUUCUCUUUUUUUUUCUUUUCUUCUUCCUCUCUCCCUCUCCUCGUCCCGCAGCGGCAAGGCUCCCCUCAGCUGAUCUGGAUCGUAUCUGCGGACAACUAGCCCCGUAUAGCCUGAUCCGGGCGUUCUUUCUCUCUUGUGGAAUUCUAUAGGGGGCAUAUAUUUCGUUGCGGGCGUGUUGGUGAUUUAUUUGAUCUUUUGUUUGGGGGGUUUUUUUUUCUAGCGGGAGAAAAAAUUAGCGAUUGUCUUUUACCGUCAACAUUAUAAUAGGUUUUUUUAAUAGUUUUCCUUUUUCAUUUCUUAAAAGGUAACAGUUAGCCAUUCCUCUCGUUGACAGCCCUCGCCCUAUCCCUUACUGACAGGUUUUUUUCCUCAAUAAAUAAAGUUCGAAGAUGGUUAGCAGCACAUCGACAGCGAAUAUGGCGUUGACGGAUCGGUUCGAGAUUCUGAAAGAUAUAGGCGAUGGGAGUUUUGGGAGUGUUGUUCUCGCCAAGGUGCGGUCGGCAGGUUCCAAUGUUGCUAGACGAGGCAGCGUGGUAUGUUCGGAUCGAGAGAACUUCUUAUUGGUGACAGCGCUGAUUUGUUUCUCAGGUUGCGAUCAAAACUAUGAAGAAGACCUUUGAAUCCUUCACACCGUGUUUGGAGCUAAGAGAAGUAAUCUUCUUGAAACAGCUUCCGGCACAUGCCCAUCUGGUUCCCGCGUUAGAUAUCUUCUUGGACCCCUACAGCAAAAGACUUCACAUUUGCAUGGAAUAUAUGGAUGGCAAUUUGUACCAGCUGAUGAAAGCUCGUGAGGGUAAAUUAUUGGAGGGGAGCGUUGUUAAGAGCAUAUUGUGGGUUUGACCGGCUGUAGCUCGGAGACACCAGGGAUGUUAACUGUUUGCAGGUUUCAGAUUUUGUCGGGACUUGAGCACAUUCAUGCACAUGGAUUUUUUCAUCGCGAUAUCAAACCUGAAAAUAUUCUCGUAUCAACCUCUGCACACAACCCCCACGAUUCGUCUGGCUCCUUCCGCCGAUACUCACCGCUAGUUACCCCGCCAUCAACGCCGCCAACUUAUACUGUCAAAAUUGCGGAUUUCGGACUCGCUCGUGAAACUUCAUCCAAAUUGCCUUACACAACAUAUGUCUCGACCAGAUGGUACCGAGCGCCGGAAGUACUGUUGAGGGCUGGCGAGUACAGUGCUCCGGUGGACAUAUGGGCGGUUGGUGCGAUGGCUGUGGAGGUUGCUACCCUGAAGCCUCUAUUUCCCGGUGGAAACGAGGUUGAUCAGGUGUGGAGGGUGUGCGAGGUUAUGGGAUCUCCGGGGCAGUGGGUUGGGCGAAACGGAAAAAAGAUGGGCGGAGGUGAAUGGAGGGAGGGUUCACGGCUAGCGGGUCGACUGGGGUUCAGCUUUCCUAGGGUGCGUCCGGCUCUUAUACUCCAUCGCUGGCUCGGUUACUCGACAUACCGAGAACCCCUUGCAUGGUAUUUGGAAUGGAAUUAAACGAAGCUGACAAUAAACAGAUGGCACCAGUGCCAAUGGAAUCUAUUCUGGCGGCCCCUACAUGGCCUGCGUCGUUAGCGGUGUUCGUUACUCAGUGUUUGAUGUGGGAUCCGAGGAACCGACCAACAUCGGGGCAGGCCCUCCAGCAUGAGUACUUCAAGGAUGCCGUCGACCCCCUUCAACCACGAUCGUCCACCCCAUCACGCAUGCUGAGGAAGCAAUCUGAAUUGACGAUGAAACAAUCGAGAGAUUCCAUGACUGACUCGCAGCCUACGCUGGAGAAGAAGUCUUCGUGGUUCCGCAAGUCCUUCAUUGGAAAUUCACGGGCCGAUGGUAUUGUUUCUCCACCCCCUACAACAGUAGAGAGGGACUACAAGCCGCGAUCAGAGAAAAGGAGCACCUGGCAUGCGCCUAAAAUUUCGUCCGGGAGCGGUGUUUCAAACAACGCGGCGCCCAUGAUGAUUCUGCCCACUAUUCGCCCGGUGUCGCCACUGAGCGAUGCGGUAUCUGUUGAGGCAGCGAGGGUGAGGCGAGAAAAUGAUUCCCCGUCGGUUGAGAAGGAACGGAGGAAAAUGGAGGAGAAGACAGUCAAGAAGUUGGGUCGUCAGUUGUCAGUGGCUUCGACGAAUUCUCAGAGUAAUGGUUAUUCUAAUCCCCAUAUUGCGAUGGCAGUGGACAAGUUGAAUGGAAACUCUGGAAGUGGUAUGGUUAGCCCGACUUCUGCAGGGACUCAGAAGGAAGGUUUCUUUUCUCAUUUACGGAAACGAGCGAGGAGAUUGUCCGCGAAAAAUGGACUUCCUUCGAGCCCCAGCGGUGAGGAUCUGGAGGUUGGAAUAGGCUGUGGGAUUGCGUGGGGUGGAGGAAGGGAAGGGGGGGAGAGCAACAGGAGUAGUAUGUUGGUGGAAAGUCCAGGUGGAGGGGAGAGUGGAGGAUUUGAUCGGGCGAUCAAGGAUGUAGAUGGUGUAUUGGAUGACGCCAGUGGAUCGGUUUCCAAGACUGGGUCGAUCCGACGGAACUCAAGUUUCCCCCCCACGCCUAAUGGAUCUCGUGCUGGAGAACCUGCUCCCAACAAUGGAGUUGUAACGGCGCCGAUUAGUUCCCGAACACGAAGGAGUAUUAGGAAUGCAAGGCAACGAUACGAAACGCCGGAUGAGAACGAUGAGCUUGCUGAUGAGGUGAUGGCUGCGGCAUCGGGAAGGUAUCGACAGCCAAGCACCAAUGAGACACCAAGCAGGAGAAGUUCAGCACGGGAUUUAAGGCAUCAAAAUGGAGUGCAAGCUCCAGCGGGAUAUCCUACACCAAGCCCACAGAUGGGGAGCCGGUACUAUCCCUCUGCGAAGGCGGUGGACGUGGUCGGACGAAGGAGACGAGAUGAGGAUGUUCAACAACCCAAGUGGCCGACACCCCCUAGUGAGGGAGACGGAUGGGGGUCAUUUUCGCCAUCUCUCUCGAGACGAUAGUUGUGCGAUUCUAAUUUACAAACUGGCAGGACGCUACUUUUUCUUUCUUUUGUUCUUUUAUCCCUUACUUUCCCAUAAUCUUAUUUUUUUUUUUUUUUGUUAUAAACUUUUGACUCUUUGAAAAUCGGCACCAAGGGUCAGCGAAACCAACCUUUUUUCACCUUUCUGACCUUUAAAAAUGCGGUGAAAGUAACCCCCUAAAACUACUCGAGGAAAUUGUUGGGCAUAUGGAGUUUUCUUUCUUUUUUUUUUCUUCUCCUUUCUUAGUUAUCCAAUUUUUUACACCUAGUCGUCUUUUUCUACUCUUGAUUUGAAUCUGCUGUUUCUGCUAUUUCCCAUACCAAACACCACAGCGGGUAUCUGGAAUUCACUCGGGACGGGCGGACGGGGAGGGGCUGGUUGGUUGGGGACGGGUUAUCGUGAGCAUUAUCAUCAUUUUCCAAGUCUUUGCAUUAUUUCUUCUCAUCUUUUCAAAACCGUUCUAUCAAACCUAGUAUUUAUACCUUUUACCUUUCUCUUGGUACCAUUAUCCAUCCUCUCUCUCCACCCAUUUAUCUGUACCUUCUCACCGUUGGAAAUGAAUGCGGUUGGUCGACCUUUCUCUUCUGGCUUGUGUUCGUGCUUUCUUUUUUCUUCCUCUUUCCUUUUAGUGCGCGUGCUUUACAGUCAUGUUGUGCGGUCUCCUCACGAUUGUUUGAUAUCUAUCAUACCUGUGUUAUAUUUUUCAGUAAAGGGAGGAGAAGGUGGGAUGCUGAGCAAGCAUGGCUAGGUAGAAGGGUGGAAGGUGGGGAAUUGUUAAAUAUUUGUCUAUCACCCCAGUAGUUGAAAAGGAAAUUUAUCUUUUUUCGACGGAC